GGCAGGCAAUAGAGAAGGGGCGUCCGACGGCGACGGAGGACGUGAUCUUUGCAGAUUAUCUUCUGGGGAAAAAAUGCCUAAAGUCAAAAGAAGCCGGAAAGCUCCCCCAGAUGGCUGGGAGUUGAUCGAGCCAACAUUGGAUGAAUUAGAUCAAAAGAUGAGAGAAGCUGAAACAGAACCUCACGAGGGAAAGAGGAAAGUGGAAUCUCUGUGGCCCAUCUUUAGGAUCCAUCACCAGAAAACCCGCUAUAUUUUUGACCUCUUCUACAAGCGGAAAGCCAUAAGCAGAGAACUGUAUGAAUACUGUAUUAAAGAAGGCUAUGCAGAUAAAAACCUGAUCGCAAAAUGGAAAAAGCAGGGAUAUGAGAACCUAUGCUGCCUGCGGUGCAUUCAGACACGGGACACCAAUUUUGGGACAAACUGCAUUUGCCGGGUCCCCAAAAGCAAGCUGGAAGUGGGUCGGAUCAUCAAGUGCACGCACUGCGGCUGCCGGGGCUGCUCUGGCUGAGGCCAUCGGGCCCGACCCCUCUCCGCCCUGGACUCUGGACUGCGCAGGUUUCUGCCAGUCACGCCACCCUUUCCUGGGAGCAGCUCAGAGCAGUUCCCCAGGCCCGAGUAGGAGCAUGGUCUCUACGUGUGAAGGCUUUGGUGUUCAUCAGCUGUGAUUUGUAGAAAUAAAACUCUUAAA